AUGCCCAAUCGCAAAGAGAGGCAGGAAAUCAAAUCACCUACCAAACAGGAGGGUGUUGAGCAGUCGAAAGCUCGUGUGCGAAUUGGCCGUGCAUGUGAUCGUUGCAAGAUUAAGAAGUCGAAAUGUGACGGUAAUAGUCCAUGUUCCAGUUGCGUGGCAAGCGACAGUACUUGCGAGUACAGCGCACGAAGACGGAGAGAGGUGAGGGACUGGUACUGGGGUAUGCAGGAUGUGAUGGACGAGGCCUUGCAAAAGCUUUAUUGGGCAUGCAGGGAAGGGCGUGGCUUCCCUGGUAUUGUCCCAGAGGAAAGCAGUGGUCGCGUAUCUACCGAUGCUAUCCUCCGGGGCCUGGGACUGCAUCCUCCGCCGGUAGAGCGUCCGGAGAUCGGAGUUAGCCAAUCUGACUCGGUCUUAGAAGGUGUUGAACGUCUGUCCUCACGGUCAUAUCGACCUCCAGAUGUUCAAUCGGAAGACAUAUCACAAGAAGCAACAGCGUCUUCCGGGCAACCACCGAUAGUGAGGGAAGGCGAUGACCAGAUUAUGCUUGAGGAGAGCGAGCCUGGGCCGGAGGAUCGAGGAAAGAGGUCUUCACGAAUUCCCAUUGAGUCUGAACCAGCGUUGGCACCUUUAGGUUUCAGCCAGCAGUGUGUAGAGGCCAUGGAUGACCCCAUCGAACCUUCAAUGCUUCAACAAACGAAUGUCGGGUUGAUGGACCUCAAUCCUGCAAUGUACCAAGGUGUGAGCGCAAUGGAUUUCCAACUUGGUGAACAGAUGGUUAAUCACGAAGGGCAGACGUCAAUGUUGGUCGAUCGAAGGCCAUUUCAGCCCCAAGAUGUUCAAGGCGCUGGGUUCGCAUCCAGUGGUCAGGCACAAUGGCAGGACGAAAGAGAGAACAGGCAAGGCGAACCACUUCCCUGGCCUGGUACUCUGGCAGCGGUACAGAAGCACACGAAACCAAAGCCAGGUGGAAGCGACUUCGACGUAUGA